ACAUAUGCCAACGCUAGAUACGGCGCCUUCACCUUUUGCAGUCCUUCCGGAAGCUCCUCGUAUUGUCAAGAUGUAGUCUCCGACUUUGCUGCGGUGGAUGCAGGAAAGUCAAGUACUCCCCAGUCUGUUCAGCUGCUCGCAGCGUGGCCUCGCAUAUGGUCAUCUCAUAUUCGAAGCGUGCAUCGAUCCGGAAAUAUGUUCGUGCUUAAGUAUACCGCGUUGUUCCCGGAAGGAUAUGGGCGUGACAGGAUACCCUUUGAGACAGCGGAGAUAGGGACGUCCGAGGCCACGGCAGAGUUCGUUGUGGAAGAUGGAAAGGUUGCUGGGUUUGGCUUGGUCUGGCUGGUGGGUCAACUCACGGAGAACGCACACGACUGUGAAAGACCGAGCUGA